AUGGCAGCCUGUUCUUCACUUUUGUUCACCUUCCCUGAGAACAGAAUGCAUCCCCUCCUCCUGGCCGUCUUCUUGGCAGUGGGCACCGCUGUUGAUGGUGUCAGCAUCCGAGCAGUGUGGCAGUUUCGAAGUCUGAUCAAGUGCGUCAUUCCAGACAGUUAUCCCCUGCUGGAGUACAACAAUUAUGGUUGCUACUGUGGCCUUGGCGGGAGUGGAACCCCUGUAGAUGAGCUUGACCAGUGCUGCCAGGUGCAUGACUCGUGCUAUUCAGAGGCCCAGAAACUUUCUAGUUGCAAGUGGCUCCUGGACAACCCCUACACCAACACUUAUUCCUACAGCUGUUCUGGGAAUGAGAUCACCUGCAGCAGCAAAAAUGAUGAGUGUGAGGCCUUCAUCUGUGACUGUGACCGAAAUGCUGCCAUCUGCUUUUCCAAGGCACCGUACAACUCAGAUCACAAGAACUUGAACAAAAAUAAAUACUGUACUGCUGAAAAGAAAUAA